UAUACCUCUGGGCAAGAUCUGGGCACUGCGCAAGUUGUUCAGUAAUUAGGACCCUGUUCCUUUGACCGUAUUAUCAAAGCCACUAAAAUAAUGAGCCGCCUUACCUACUCGAAUCAUCACUCUUGAAACCCGAGCGUUUUGAAAGCGGGAGCAGGAGCGGCAGAUCCACGUGAGAAUCUUAUUCUUACUACCGCUACUAUUAAGAGGAAUAGUCUAUUAUCAACGCUUUGCCGUUGUUCCGUUAUUCUUUUUCCUCCACGGAAAACGAUUCAACCUUACAGCCUCUACGCCACAUUUUUACCGAGGGCGCAUUCAUACAGGUCAUAAAGCAAAAACGUAAGAAAUCUAUGACAGUUGUGGGAAGUAUUUCUCCACUUGACCUGGCGCGCUAUUAUAUACUAUCGUGUACUUUAAAAGAAGAGCCGAGAUCCCGGACAUCGCGGACUACAGCCGGGAAGCCGUACGCGCUCAAGCCAUCAUCUCGAAGCGGGCAAUAUGCCACGAUCAAGCUUUUCGGAUAAUCCAUUGUUGCGUGUGUCACGGCCGGUAUCAGCCUGCUCUAGAUGUCGAGCUGCUAAAGUCAAGUGCGAUGGAAAAUUGCCAGCAUGUACAGCCUGCGAGAAGGCCGGUCGCGAGAAUGAAUGUUCGGCCGCUAACGACCAAUUCGCGAGAGGCAAGGAACGAAGUUACGUCGCUGCUCUCGAGCUUCGCAUAGAGAAGUUAGAGAAGCGGUUAGCGUAUGCUCGAUCAAGAAAGGCGUCUGUCGCUCAGCAUGAGUCUGAGGUGCCACCGGCACAACCUGAACCUGACCGGAAAGACUCACUUGCUACCAUUAAAGCAGCCAUUUAUCGUAAGGCUGCUCGGAAACGAGAAAUGUCCGAUGUCAAUUCAUUGAUGUCUGAUUUUGGCUUUCUAUCCAUCAAUGCUACCACAAGAGACUUUGAACCUUCAAUGGGUAACAUGACAUUUGCACGUCUCGUACUAGCAGCAGCUUCUAAUGAUCCUCUUCCGGAUAUCUUGGACUGGACGUUACCUCCUAGGCAAGAUGCCAUCACUCUAGUUCAGUAUUACAUGACCAACAUAUACUCACUGUUUCCUGCGUUUCCCGAGACGACACUUUACACCAUUCUCGAGCAGAUGUACUCAUUCCAGGAUCGCAUCAUCAAAGAUUCCGAAUAUUGGCUUGUAUACAUGGUAUUAGCUAUCGGGUCCACCGCUCAGAGUCGAGUGAAGAACGAUGAUUACUAUCUGAACGGACUAAGUUUUGUCACUCGGGCCUUGCAGCAUGCGGACAGGGCUUUGAUGCCGGGCUACACGACACAAAUCCAGUCCUUAAUCCUGCUCACCCAAUACUCGAUGCUUGAUCCGGCUCAUUUCGAUAGCUGGCACCUGAUCGGCUUCACCUCGAGGGCAGUGAUCGACUUAGGGUUCCACCAGGAUCCUCCGCCCGAGCAACUGUCAGAUAAAGUGGUGCUAGACAUGAGGCGGAAGACCUUUUACUGCGUUUACUCGUUAGACAGAUCCAUUAGUAUGGUUCAUGCACGCGCUUUCUCCUUCACCGACGCCUCCACAAAUGUUGCUUGGCCGAGACCCUCAUCUUUUAGUCGCCGAGCAUCAAUCACUGGUAAAAUUCUCUCGGGUUCCGAACCUGCAUUUUUACUCUUUCAGCUGCGGCGCGCUCAGUCACAUUGGUACCAGGCGUUAUUUCAAGCAGAGCCAACCCCGCUGCCUGAUUCAUCAUCGUUCAUCUGGCAGAUGUGCCAAGACAUGAGAGAGUGGGCCGAAGCGCUUCCUAGUUCGCUACCAAUUGGUAUGAGGGAGUUAUUCGACCUCGAGCUGCGGUAUAGUUACGUCUACUGUAUAGCGCCGUCAGCUCGGGCCCCUCAUAUGACCGACUACGGCCGGUUGCUCAUCUUUGAACACGCUAUCGCCUACCUCGACCGCAUAUUCGAGAUCUCACAUAGCAACACGAAGACUGCAUUCUACACGUACCACGAUGCCCUGCGCGCGUUCUUCAUGGCAAGCCAGUUUGUCGCCGUACUCCGCGACGCGGAAGACCUGCUUCUUGCUGGCGUCACUCCCCCGCAACCGCUCGUCGAGCUCGGCAAGGCGCUGCCGCCUCCUCUGCCAUCGCGCCCCGGUGGUCCUGGGGUCGACAACCUAGACCGAAGUUUGGGGUGUCUGGAGAGGACCGCGCGGACGCUCGCGAAGUAUGGAGAGAAGUGGGAGACGUGCGUCGCGCUGAGACAGAGCUUCGAUAUUAUAUCGAGCGAAUUGGUGGACCGCCUACGCGUGAGGAAGCAGAUAAAGCAGCGCUCGCCACAGCCGCAGAACGUCUCGGCCCAGAUGCCGAGGGAGAUGAAAUGGGUCGGUGUCGAUGUCGAGGCUAUGUUAAGAGGGAAUUCCAGUCGGUCUUAGGACACGAGGUUGAUGAAUAGUGACUCGAUCCAGUGAUAUCUAGCUAUAUAGGUUCCUACCUAGAUAUGCUCUUGUCUUAUUGACAAUAUCUGUCUUGGCUGUUCUUAUGUUGGAGGUUAUUUACAUCACUUGGAUACAUGUUUGCAUGGGGAGGAGUUGAAUCGGGUCACGGUGGCACGGUGUCGGGUUUUUGGACAUUACAUUUUUAUGAGGGAUGGAGGAUUCCGGGU